GAUGACACUGACUUGUCUGCUGUGGAACACGGUCUAUGAUUGGAUCCCAGUACCAUAGAGGAGGGUUUAGACGCUACUGUCAGCUGCCAGCAGACCAGCCAAGAAAGCUGGCGGAGAUAGCUGCAGGUAAAAGGAUCAAACCACACAUCAACAAAACGCGUAUUUGAGAAUUAUUUAUGGCCAUGGAAAGCAACGUUCCUGCUGAAUUAGCCUCAAAGAAAAAUAUUAUUAUCGACAGAAACUAAACGUUGACGUUACGUCGUGAGAAAAUUAGUCAGUCAAACGUGUGCAACACCUUGUGCUUGGCAGAAGAAAAGCCCGUUGUCACCGUUUUGUGGACGACACGCGUUUUCCUUAGGAACUUCGAAGAUAGCGGCCCGUUUUCAGACCAGCCACAAACAAUGAAACCAGUGAAAAGAGCGCUGGAGGAGGAACGAGGCGGAGAGACCGAAUAUUCAGCCAUGUCAGACAGUGACGCAGGUGAAGAUGAGGGUUACCCCUUGGACCUAUCCAGUGGGGGAAACGGAGGAGCAGGGGGCUCUGGGAAGCGCCGCCGUCGUGGGAACUUGCCCAAGGAAGCAGUACAGGUUCUGAAGAGUUGGCUGUUUGAGCACCGCUUCAAUGCCUACCCUUCUGAGCAGGAGAAGCUCAGCCUCUCUGGACAGACCAACCUCUCUGUGCUUCAGAUCUGUAACUGGUUCAUCAAUGCACGGAGGCGCCUGCUGCCAGACCUGCUGCGUAAGGACGGAAAGGACCCCACCCAGUUCACCAUCUCGCGCCGCGCCGGCAAGGCCGAGGGCCGCCACUCCAGCGGCGGCAGCGGAGCCGGAGGCCCCAGUUCCCCGGAGAGCCCCGCGGCCCCAUCGCUCCCGGCGCUGCGGCCCUCCGUCAUCCGGCCCGCCCCCACGCUCGACCUCAGCCUUCUGGGCAACACUGCCACGGCCAUCCUGACUGGCGCCGGCUGCCUCCCGGGCAGGGACGGGCACGGGCACGUGCGGGCCCUCAUGCAGGUGGACACGCAGGGUCUACUGAAGAAGGAGGCCCACCCUGUGCACCUGUGCGAUGAGCAGUCCCCCAUCACCACCACCACUCACUCAAGCUCCAACCCCUCCGCUGUGACCUCCAUACCUCCCCCCUCUGCCACCACCACCACCACCUCCAUUCCCACCUUGGGCACGGCGAGCCCGACUGGGGGCCUCUUCAACACGCCACCCCCGACCCCACCAGAGCUCUGCCCCUCACAGGACUUCAGUGACCUGAAGUUGCUGGUGGAGGCCGCGCUGCAGAGGGCUGCCGAGCAGGAGCACCAGAAGAGGCAGCAGCAGCAGGAGAAGCAGAUGGCGAUGCUUCCGGUGUCUGUCACGCCGUCCCCCGAGCCGGCCGUCAAGUGCGCCCAGCCUGAGCCCUGCAUAGUCAGGGCCAGCAAGCCCGAGCACCAGACCCCCCCAGCUGCCCCGACCCCAAACAGGGACUCCAGCAUCCAGCUGAGCUCGCUGGAGAAGCCUGUGAUGCCGGUGUCUGUGCCGGUGUUUAGCUCCCAUUCCCCACUGCCCUCGGCCCUGCAGGGCGGCGGAGCCACGGUCAUGGCCGGAUCGCCUGCCAGCUGCCAGGUGGGUACGUGGAGCGUUGUGCGUGGCGACGUCAGACAGGCAGCCACCUCUGCCGCCGUCACUGCCAGCCCCAACGCCACACCAGCCGUGUGGAGCCAUUCCCUGCACACAGUCUCAGAGAAGGUCAACUAAAGAGCAGAGGUGUGUGUGCGUGCGUGCGUGUGUGUGUGUGUGUGGGAGAAGUGAGAGGACAAAAGUGAAAACUUGACACCGUUAAAAAAAAAAACUCCAGGGAGUAGCUAACAUUCCCAUCCUCAGCCUGACCAACGCCCCCCUUCCAAACUGACAUUUGGCCUAUUCCUCUGACCUGGCCUCUGGCUCCGUGUCCCUGCAUCUUAAUGGGGCUCUCUACUGGUUAAAAGAACAGUGGCAGGGGAUCCCUCGCCCGCCAUGUUACUUUCCUGAGAAGAGGCAGUGGUUUCCCUCGUGAGACUUGUUGAUGAAAGGCCAGCUGUGGUAGUCGCCUCCUAGCUUAAGUCCCGCGGUGGGGAGAGACUGGGCUCCUGUCCUUAGCAACGCCCCACCCCCCCUGUUGGAGGAGAACUCCUUGAGAGGGCAAGAGGUGGCCUCCUCAGAAGUGCUUUUUACGCAAAAGGUUUAUCAGGACAUUUUAGGACUUUGUAAGGUUUUUCUGUUAUGUUUUUGUUCUUUUUUUGUUUUUUUACAUGAAGGAGGUGGUGGGACUCAGCAGGUCAGUUCAAAAACACUCCUACAACCAUAGCUGUAGCAAAAAAAGAUGCAUGGCUUGUGAUUGUUUAGACACACUACAAAUUCUCCUCAUGCUUUGGACCAAGACGGGAAUCGCUGGAAAAAUCCACAUUACACUAGGUAUUUUUAAAUUUCCUCCUCCUCCUCACUGUAACUCAUUUUGGACUGUGAAUCGACCAUCUUGUGAAGUCAUGGUCUCUUUGACAUAGCAAGCAAAGCCUACCAGCAUAGUAGAGCCCCACGGCUGUCACGCAAUAGACUUUACACAUCUGAAUGCUGUUCUCACAUAGUUACUGUACUUCACACCAACGUCACCAGCAACACUCAUGAAUGUGUGUGUGUGUUUGAAUUUGAAUGACUGUGUGGCUGAGUUUCUGUUGUCAUACAUUCUGCACUUUAUUCCUUUCUCGGAUCAUCAAAUGGGCCCCUUUUUUUUGCCUGUUUUCUAAAGAACCAACUUGAUUCUUUAGCCACACUGAUUAGGAUCUCUCCACAAGACCCUGCUUUGUAUGCUAGAGAGGGUGUGAGAUUUACAGGUAUUCUGACUGAAGUCUCAGACAGGAGAGAAGAAAAACGCGGGGUAUAAAGAACAUUUCUAAUGAGUCCAUUCUGUGGUAAGUGUGAAACUACCAAAAUGGCUUUACUGUGUAAAGAAAGGAAAUAAGAAAUCCCCUCUAAUAGGUGGUUGGAGUCUUGUUUGAGUUUAGCUUGCCUUUGUUGUCUUAAGCCCUGGCACCACAUUGGAGUUCCCUCUGCACUGGUGCUGGGAGACCUGGAAAAGAAGGGAUGGGUGCAGCAAAAAUGGAUUGCUCUGCAGAGGACGUAACUCCGUUCCAUCACGGCUGUCAGUGCAGCACAGUGUCAGAUUUAAAGGGACCACGCUCUAUUAAAUGGUGUAGGCGCCGCUGCUUGCAGCUGCCAAGACACCAAUCAGGAUAGGAGUGUAAAGAAAGGCUUAUGUUUGUGUGUGUGUGUGUGUGUGUGUGUGUGUCUGUCUGUCUGCGUUUGUGUCUUUGGUGGAGAAAGAGCUAGUAAAGGAGCAACAUGUCCUAGACAUGCGUAGUAAGUGGCACCUCUUCGGUCAGUGGUCCUUUAUAUAUCUAUGGCAUUUAGGUGGUCUUGAGGACUUGUGCUUUGUCAAGUUAUGUGGCGUCUCUGCAUGUUAAAUCAGCAGAAAUCGCUUGAAAGAGUGGCGAAAGAAGUGGUUGUUUGGGCUUGUUAAGCAAAUCCUCCUGAAGGCUGUUUGGCUGCCACCGUGGUUUUUUACGGAACGCAUCAGUGCUUCAGUCACAACCAUGCUUGAGGUGGUAAUUUAGUAGACUGGGUGCACAUUUCAACCAAUCAUUUAAACUGGGGCUUGGGAGGGCACCAGAGACAUUCGGCUAAGACACUAGCCCUUCAGCUGAUCUGUGCAUAGCAAUCAUUUCUUUUCCAGCCCCACUCUUCUCAACCCUUAGCUGAUGUCCCACGUGACAAGCAAAAAAAACUGGGAUAUAUAUAUAUUUUUUUUUUUUUUUUUUUUUAUCUCCAGUCAGGUUGGACAACAUUUCAGCCUCAAGCUGAGAAUAUUGAUUGUAUUAAUAUAAGUCAGCACCAAAUAUGCCUGUAGACAUCUGAGAAUGUUAACCAUCCUUUCAACUGUCAACAAGUAUUAGUGUCCUCUUUUUCCCCCCAUAGUGUUGAGGACUGGCACACAACCAGCCAUACCCGUAAAACCCAGGUAUUGCCCGAUUCUGAAACGACUGCGGCCCGGAUCUGCAGAAUCAGAUGUUAACCUGACUUUGGCAUGCCAAUCUCUCACCACCUCCCAGGGGCAUUUUCACAUGUACCACUCUCCUCCUCCUCUAGAGGGCAUCCUCCUCAUUCUUUUCUAUUUGUUCUGUGGUCGUAGUUUCCAUGAAACGGAUAAGUGACGUGUCCUCGGUUAGCACCCUCUGUAGCUGCUCUGUUCUCUCCUGCAGAGUCCCUCUGACUGCUCUGUUUUAAGAUGUCUGUCUGUCUCUGCCUGGGACGCUUGCUUCUACGUCUGGUAAAAAUACAUGGUCCACCCAUAUUUGAUAUACUUUUCAGUAUUGUGUUUCUCCAACAAGAUGUUCUUUCCUUUCUUUCUUUUUUACUUUGUCUGAUGGAUGGGAAAUCAAAGGUCUAUUUGGUUUUAGUGUAUGUGGUGUGCUCUCCUUGUUUUUUUUUGUUUUUUUUUUUCAUUAUGUCCAGUCUGUGUCUUUUCCCCCUGGACCUCUGCAUGAACUGAAACUGUAUAAAGCCAGCAUACCAUUCGUGAAGGGUACUAGUGGAUACCCUGGGCUGUGUGUCAGUUAUUCUGCCUGGCCCUUGUCACCUGCCCUAUUGUAGAGUUCGCCAGAGAAAGCUUAAUUCUACUGUUCUAUGUAUGCUUUAAAUAGUUUAACUGAAUGUAUGUACAAAAAGAACAACCUUUAUGUGUCCAGAACGUUAGUCUUUUUUUCAAAGUGUUAGGAGGCAGGCACCGUAGAGUGACCUCUUGGCAUUUUGAAGGACAGCUGUUCACAUAGGGUUUUAAAAUCCAUUUGUUUUAAUGCAUGUUUUAAAAGUGUAGGCCUAACCCUCUUUAGAUGGUGAGUUUUCCUCAGGACCAGAAUAAGUAUCGCAGUUUGAGGACCAUUCCCGUAGCCCAUGCAGCAACAGUUUCACAAACGCUGGUCUUACCACUAUUCAAAUCCACUGUGACCAUUCCUCCUUGUUACUGAUGUACUGGAAACCAUUGGAUACUGGAUAAAUAUAUAUGAAUAUAUUUUUUAAAUGUUUAUAUUUUUUCACCGCUGUAGAAUGACUGAUGGUUAAACUCCUGAUUAUAGUUGUUCAGAGAAUGGGUCCUAGAUGCCAACGUGAAAUGCAUGUGUAUAUGUGUAUAUAUAUCUAUAUCUUUGGGUCAAGUUUUUUUGUCUGUUGGCAUAAUGCUUCUACAGAAAUGAAACAUGUAGCUUUUUCCCCAGUAUGACCAAAUGCAUUAUGAUGGAUAUGUUGUAUAUUUUAAUUUCAGUGCAUCAUGGAUUGAGUUCAGGCAGUGAAACUGGCAUUAGUGCCUUAACUGGGAUCAAGGGAACCUUCCCUGCCUUCAUAGAAACUUGGAGUAGUCAGUGCAAUAUAUGCCUUAAGAUGUUUUUGUUUCGUUUUGUUUUCUACAAACAUUUCAGAGAAAUAAAACUCAUUUUCGUAA